CAUAAUUCAGAGAGGCAAACAAAAAGCCUCUGGUCGCGUCUUAAUAUCAUUAAGUCAUAAAUAACAAUAAUUAUCUUGAGGGAUUUUUGAAACAUAGUUGUUAUAUUCCUGCGCACUUCAAAUUCACUGUUUCACAUGCUCAGCGUAAAUGAAUUGAGCUGUUGUAAGGAUGUGUUCUCAUAGAGAUCCACGAGGAGCAUGUCACUGAUCCUGUUUGCCUUUGUUGUCCGGGUCAGGGAUGGACUCCCUCUCUCCGCCUCCACUGAUUUCCUGCAUAAUAAGGAACUUCAGGAGAGAAAGCAACAGCUGAAAGUGAUCUCAAAAUCCCUAAGUUCAUUACCAGAGAGAGGGACAGUCAAGGGCCAUGAGCUCAACAUUCACUUCCUCUCAGCCGAGGGUGUGUCCUACAUGACCGUAUGUGCAUGCAGUCUCCCUGCUGCCACGGCCUUCUGCUUCUUGGAAGACUUGCGCUGGGAAUUCACAGCAUGCUUUGACAACCCUGCAGUGGCCCUGGCAAGCAGGCCGUACCCCUUUCUUGAGUUUGAUAGUGCCAUUCAAAAACUUCAGCAGCAUUAUAAUCAGAAAGGGGGUCCAUCUCUGGAGGUCACCCUGGCCGAAGUACAGGAAGACCUCAGAACCAGCCCCCCUCAGGUUCUCACCAUAGAGGACAUGGCACUCACCAAUGGAGCAGCCAAUGGGCAUGUAGAACAAGCAGCUGCAUCAGGUCAAGGUCAGAGAUUGGAACCAGUCUCAGCACCAGGGAUCCUCUCACUGGUUCUUAACAUCAUGUGUGCUGCCCUCAACCUUAUACGUGGUGUCCAUCUUAUUGAAUACACCUUCCAGGAUGAUUAUGAUGGUUUGUGGAAUGUGGUGGCAUUUCUUUUGGCAUUUCUUUGCUGUGUUUGCCAGUGUCAUCUGUACUUGUUCCAUACCUGCCAGAAGAAGCUGAAAUCCUUUACUCUCCUGACUCUCAUCAUCUUAUGCAAUGCUUUUCUCUUUGGCCUGAGGAACAUCUGGCAGCUGGCCUUCCACAUGUCCGUGGCCUGCCUCUCCACGCUGCUCACCCUCCACCGCAAACUGCUGGACAGGAACAUGGACUGCGGAGUAUGAGGAGGAUUUCAGCUGGCCGUGGAUAGCAGUAGGGUGAGAGACCAAAAGAAUGGACGAGACUUUACAUGUGACCUGGUGGCUGACGUAAACUGACAUUGAUUUUCACUUUAGCUUUUGCUUUGAUCUAAUGUUAUGAUCAAGUGCUUAUUUAGUCUCACAUGGAUAGUGAGUGCAAUGGCUUUUCUACAGGGGUCUUCAAUUCCACUGAUGCAUUUCUGAAAUUUUUAAUGACAUAUUGUGAAUGUAAUAUGGAGAAAUUGAUAAAACAGACAUGAAGUAAGCAUUUUGUUGGUUCUAAAAGUUAAUUUAAUUUUAUUUAUUUGCUGCAAAAUAAGAAUACUUAUUGUUUAAGCGAAUGUAAACUGUUAAUCUUUGUUUACUUUUAUGUAGGCAGGCUUUUUUGUCCGUUUAAUUGUUAUAAAGCUAUAAAUGCAUAUAUAUUGCAUAUAAAUAACUAAAAGUAGGCAUAAAAGUGACUUCGGGUGAUUCUUGGUUUUGUUUCAAUAUCAGGCAUUUUAGGUUAUGAAGGAUAUUUAAUCAAUAACUAUUUCAAGUCCUUUUGAACAUGAUUUUUUGAUUUGUCGAUUAGUUAGUAAUGGGCUACUCCACAAUACAUUAAUUUUUUGUAUUAUAUUAGUACAAUAAUUUGUAUACAAAGCACAUUCAGAUUGUUCAACUAGUUUUAUGCCAUUUUUUUCCCACACAAGGUAAUUUUGUCUAGCCUACCUUUCUAUAAUAUUCAUCCCAAAGACUAUAAAUUAGAAAUAAUGUCAACAAAUUAUCAUAAUACAGCAAUCAUUCAUCAAGUGCUAAAGAAU